UCGCCUGGUCCCAUGGUCGCCGCCACCCCCUGCACAGCACGACCAUAGGGCUGGCGCCCCCUCCUAUUCUGGUGCUCGUGCUUCCUUCCCUCUGCUGGUCCGCAGCAGCUAGAUUUGGCCGCGAUAGAGGGGGUCUGCAUUGUGGAUCUGCAUCUGCAAUAGAGGAGAAGGAAAGGCCAUGAACUGCGAUUGGGCUGAUCUUGUUGCUGGGCUCGAUGGAGAGCCUGAGCAUAGUUUAGUGCCAGUAGAAGCACCUGGUAUAGUAGAUGAAGCUUUACCUCCUGCAGUAGAGUUGCCAGCACAAAUUAUUGAUUGGAAUGCACUUGAAAUAACUGAAAUAUAUGAUGAGUAUGAAGGAAGGUUGGAAAUCAUCGAGGAUGACCAUGUGUUUCGACUUUUGGGUUUGAGAGAUGAGGAAGAAAAUGCCGAGAAGGCUAGAAAAGAUGCAGGAAUAGGUGGUAUGCCUGCUGAGACGCCUGCUGAUAAAGCAUAUUGCCAUCUUGGAGUUGAUACUGCUGGGGCAUCCCUACCCGUUGAUGAUUUCAUACCAUGGGAGAAGGAGAUAGUGUAUGAUGCAAACAAGCCAUGCAUGAAUAUUGGGUCUGUAUACCCCAGCAUGAAAGAGUUCAGAUUGGCUAUGAGACAAUUUGCCAUCAAUGAGGAGUUUGAGCUUGCCAUUAAGAAAACUGACCGAACUAGAUACAUUGCUAAUUGUAAUGCAGAUGAUUGCCCUUGGCACAUUGUUGGUAGAACGCAGCCUGAUGGAAGAACUGUUAUGGUCACAGUAUUGAUUGCCCUGCACAAGUGUAUGUCCAGUAGUAGGAGGAAGACUACUACAGCAACAAGUGCAUGGGUUGCUUCAAAGGCUGUUCAUAUCCUUAGAAAGAAGGCAAUGGGCACUAAAGAGUUGCAGCUGAGGUUGCAAGAUGACCACAAGUGCACAAUUCAUUAUGAUACAGUGUGGAAGGGAAGACAAAAGGCUCUUGUAGAAGUGUAUGGUAGCUGGGAAGAUAGUUUUCAGCAGCUAUUCAAUUGGAAGGAAGAGGUCAUGAAGCGGUCACCAGGUAGUAUUAUUGAGAUUGAUGUCAAGGUUGUUGCUGGUCAGGUGUACUUUCAUAGAUUUUUUUGUGCAUUGGGUCCUUGCAUUGAAGGCUUUAAAGAAGGAUGUAGGCCAUACCUUAGUGUAGACUCUACAGCACUUAAUGGUAGGUGGAAUGGGCAUUUAGCUGCAGCCGCAGCACUAGAUGGUCACAAUUGGAUGUAUCCUGUCGCUUUUGGAUUUAUAGACUCUGAGACAUCAGAUAAUUGGACUUGGUUUAUGACAAUGCUUCACAGAGCUAUAGGAGAUAUGCCUACACUUGCUAUUUGUUCCGAUGCAUGCAAAGGGUUAGAGAAUGCAGUGCAGGAAGUGUUCCCUCAAGCUGACCAAAGGGAAUGCUUUAGACAUCUUAUGCAAAAUUUCAUCAGGAGAUAUGGUGGUGACACUCACUCUAAGAUGUACCCUGCAGCAAGGGCAUAUAGAACUGAGGUGUUUCAACAGCACAUGCAGUCAGUUUUAGAAGCAUCUAGUGAUGUGUUGGUAUGGCUACAAACUCAUCAUUCAUUCAAGUGGAUGAGAUGUGCCUUCAACAAAGAAAUCAAGUGUGAUUAUGUCACAAAUAACCUUGCAGAAUGUUUUAACAAUUGGAUCAAAGACAUAAAGGACCUACCUGUUUGUGAGCUAGCAGACAAGCUGAGAGAAAUGAUUAUGGUGCUCUGGAACAAGAGGAGAAGUAUUGGAGAAAAAUUGACUGGUAACAUUCUACCAGCUGUUAUUCAACAACUAAAAGCAAAGACUAGAGGAUUGGGACACUUGACAGUGGUGAAAGCAGACAAUGUUCAAGGGGAGAUAUGGAAUAAUAGUAGUGGGUCCAGGAAUGUUGUUAAGGCGCCUUUAAAAGAAUGUACAUGCUUGGAGUGGCAGCACACAGGGAAGCCAUGCCAGCAUGCUUUGGCAUUACUAACAGCCCAGGAAAGGGAUGUCAACCUAGAGGACUACGUACAUGUCUACUACUCUGUGGAGAGGUUUCAAAAUGCAUACAAGAGAUUAAUUGAGCCACUGCCUGACAAGUCACACUGGCCACAUGUAGAACUGCCUUUUGUUGUUGCAGCACCACUUGCUCCAAGGGGUGUAGGGAGGCAAAGGAAACUCAGGAUCAAAAGCUUCCUUGAAGGUGGUGGCAGCAAAACUAGUAAAUCUGGUGAGAAAAACAGUAGUAAUGAGGCUGAUCCAGGAAAGAAACAAAUGAUUAGAGGGAAAAGACAAUGCAAAAGAUGUGGAGAGUUGGGGCAUGGUGAAACCAGCUACAAAUGCUCUCUUAAUGGAACAAAGAAAAGGAAGAGAAAGCCAAGAAAAAAUGCUACAAAAAGUUCUUCCAAAAGUUCUACUAAGAACAAAGCCAAGAAAGCAACCAAGACAAAUGAAGAAGCUUCCACCAGUUCUAUACCAACCCUGGAAACAAUAAUACAAAACAGCCCUGGUAGAGUUACUAGAAGCCGACUUGCUAUGCUGCAAAGAGGAGAAGGCACUAGUACCCAGCCCACAGUGGCAGCCUCACCCACCAAGCAAAAGACUGCAGCCAACAAAAGUCCUGCAAGGAAGCUGGCACCUAAGAGACUGAAGAUUAAUUGAGCUGUCAACUCCAAGUCUUAGCAAUUCAUGUACCUGUGAACUUAGUGUUUGUGAUCUAAAUGUACCUGUCAACUAAGUAUCUGUGAGCUACUUGUGAACUCAGUAUUUGUGAGCUAGCUACUUGUGAACUCAGUAUUUGUGAGCUAUUUGUGAACUCAGUA